CAAAGUAGGUAUUUGACAUUAGCACACACACGCACACACACACGCACACACACACACACACACACACACACACACACACACACACACACACACACACCUUAUCAGGAGACACGCAGAUCAAUAGGCACCAUUUGCACCAUAAUGGAGAACUCACAGUCACAGUCAGAACCAGGAGAGGAAUUAUCAUUUGAACAGAAUAUUUCUCAAGAUUUCAACACAGAUGGAUAUUCGGGCUCUCACCAUCAAACAUUUGGACAAGAGCGAGGCGGAUCUGUGUUUCCACACCACCGAGUGGUUAUCCUCAGCCUGGGCCUGCUGGAUGCUGUUCUGCUGAUUACUGCUGUUGUCAUUGGGAUUUACUGUGCCAAAGGUGAGAACCUUCAAGUUCCUCAUUCAGCUACUUCCCCAAUCAUCAUAGAGCUGAACCAUCUCCACAACAACAGUGAUAUCAUCAAAGCUAAACUGGAGGCCGAGGCACAAUUAGUGACACAGCACGACAACCAUCUGCAACUAAAGCGGCAACUAAAGCAGAUCAUAAUCCACACUGACAGACUUCAGGCACAGAUGGAGACCCUACAGACAGAGAAGACAAAUCUGCAGUCUAAUAAAACUGCCGUAGAGGAAUCUUGUGGCAGAUGCCUUCAAGGAUGGAGGCUUCUUAAUUCAUCCUGCUAUUAUUUUUCUCACCAUGCGUCCAACUCCAAAAAGAACUGGCCGGAUAGCAGAGCACACUGCAUAAGUCAAGGGGGCGACCUACUUGUGAUCAAUAACUUAGCUGAGCAGCAACUCAUAACUGAUAACUAUGCAACUCUGAAAAGCAGCAAUUUGUGGUGGCAGAACGGAUUUUGGAUCGGCCUCACUGAUGUCGUGAUACCGGGAACAUGGGUUUGGGUUAACAAUGUGACUGAGGUCGAAACAACGUACUGGAGAAGUGGGCAGCCUUCCAAUGAAGGACUUCAGAGUGGGAACUGUGCUGCUUUUUAUCACUUGACUGAUACUAAGGGAGAAUGGUAUAAUGGAAACUGCAUUGAACAUUUAUAUAACUGGAUUUGUGAAAUGCAGCCGAGCUAAACAUGAAGCAUCUCAAGUGUAAAUCACAAUAACUGGACAAAUAUGUUGUGUCUAUGCAAAAUCUUUCAAAUAAACAAAUUGGAGCUCGAUAC